AUGAAUUUCCUUCCAAAGCUAAAUAGGAAGUGCAUGCUGAUUCCCAAAAUACUUUACUUCUCAGCCAGCAUGCAGCACUACAUGCUACACAAGUUCAGAUAUCUUUUUGCUAAGGAAAAGUUUGGCAUUGCUGAGAAUAAAAUAUGGUAUGUAGGGAUCAUAUUCUUCAUUGCAUUCUUUAUGAACAUAUUAUUUGCAACAAUCAACGAUAAGUUCAGAAAGCCAAAGAUAUUUAUGGCAUGCAUGGUGCCUCUAUCAGGAAUAUUUUUUCAGUUAUUCUACAUAGAUGCAUACAUAAGGACUGCUUACAUGUUUUGGAUAAAUCUGUUUAUGUAUAUCACUGUCAAUGCUGCAAUUCCUGUUAUACUGGACAAGGUUAUGCUUGACUAUCUGAACAAAUUUCCAGACAUGACGUCCAAGAUGUAUGGAAGGCAAAGGAUCUGGGCAACCAUUGGAUAUAUGGCUUCAACGUUCACAGUAGAGGGUAUCCUUAGAAAAAACAAAGAAGGUGUUGGAAUUGACUUUUCAGGUCUGCCAUAUUAUUCAGCUGCAAUAACACUCAUCAAUUUUCUUCUUGUUGUAGCUUUUAUAGAAAAUCCUAAAAAUUCCAUAGAUCCUUCGAAGGUUAACAUUAUGUCUGAAUGGAAAGAGCUUAUACGCAACAAGGAGUAUCUGUUCUUUAUCCUGAUCAUUCUAAUGAACGGAAUCACACGUUCUGGAAUGACCAUUUAUCUUCCUGUGUACAUAACUGAGGUUCUUAAUGUAAAGUCGUAUAUAUUACCUGAGUCUUGGGAAAUUCAUGCGUUGCCAUCAGAUUGGACCUCAUAUUUCCAUAUCAGCACGUGGAUUCUAUUGGUUAAAAAAACCAUAAACAUAUUCAAUAGAUUUCCAUUGAGCACCAUUGCUGUAUUUGAGAUAUUGCUUGAAAUGGUUUCCUUGUUUUAUUCACAGACUGUGAUUCGCAGCAUUGGAUUGAUAUGGCCACUUCUGUUGGCACAGGCAUCACAGGCCAUUAGGUUCAUUCUGUAUCUGGUUCUUCCGCAUUCCCACCCUCAUGUGUUUAUAUUCUGCUGUGUUUUUGAGAUAUUCAAAGGAAUCAACUUUGGGCUGACACACGGGUCUGGGGUGCAACUUGCUGAGAAUUUGUGCUCUCCACACUUGAAGGCCACGUCUCAGGCGAUUUAUCAUGGAGUCUUUGGAGCAGUGGGAUCUGUAUCUGCAGGGCUGCUGUUUAGACAAGUAUUCAGACACAGCAAGCCAAAUGGAAUAGAAAGAGUUUCAAACGAGCAGAUCCAAUCUUUUAGAACGUUCUUCAUGUUAAACACUGCAAUUGCAUGUGUUUCUAUUAUUUUGGUUGCUUUAAGAUAUGGAUCUGGCAGAAAGAGACUUUAUAGUAAACUUAUUUGA